CUGGCUGCACUUUGGCUUUGGUUUGCGAUAAAUCCGCUCUGUUUCGUGGCUUCGCGCGGGUUUCAAAUCCUCCGCGGCGGCACGAGGCGAAUUCGAUUGUGGAUUGCAUUCGGGCGUGCUGUGUUUUGGCAGUGCAAUUCGCGUUUCGCGGGUGUUUACGGUGUUUUUUUUCUUCUGUUUGUCGAACAAGAGAGCCUCACGUUUAAGAUGUUGUGUUGACAAGCAGACGGCGGCUGUGUAAGUAACGAACGGUACGAAUCUUUGACAAAUGAUGAUUGAUUGGUGAUUUCGAGUAGCAGUCGAUAAAAAGGUAGUGACGCAGAAUCUGUUUAUGGUUUUUUUUCUGUUCCGUUUGUUACCAAAGCGGAUGCGACAUCGCGAGUGAAGUGCCGAUCGCCGUCGAUCGUUAUCGGUGGAAAAAAAGUGAAAACGAUAAGCAGCAGGCGUGUUGAGUGGUGUGCCAGCGACGGAGAGUGGUUUCGUGAUCAAAGCAGGCGUGAAAGAGACGAUUUCCUUCGGAGGAUUGGAUUACUUUGUCAUGGAGUGAUUUUUGCUUUGUUUGCUACGCGAACGACAACGAAGUGAAACGGUCGCCGGCCGACAAUGGCAACGCUGGGAUGGAUUGACUAAUGGCGAAAGAUAUCUGGCUAGAAAAAGAAUGGAUGUUCCGCCCAAGUCGCGCUACACGGAUACGUCGUACCUGAUCUUCCAGCAGCUCAAGGAGGGUGGUGUGCAGUGUGCAUUUCCGUUUAUCUACGAACUGCUAAAUCCGGGUGGUGCCGAUUUGGCACGACGUCCAGAUGAGCUGCCGGAUGGAGUUGAACCGCUCAGUGAGCCGGGUGGUAAGAACGGCAAAAAACAAGCUGGACAGUACAAAUCCAAAGAUAGUCGCAAACCGGUCGGCAGUGGGAUUCCGCGCAAGCAGAGUAAAAUUGCGGAGAAGCGAAAAAAUCGACGUAGCCAAGAGUUGAAAGCUGUAGAGGAAGCUUCCCGCGAAGAGGAGGAUGCGGUCAGUGUUACCAAAGAAUCCGAUGGAGCGGCAUCAAAAACGGCAACGUCCGAGCCCGUUCCAGACGAGAAGCAAGUGCAAGUGUGUGAUUUGUCCCCGGAGCCAGCCGGUGGGCGGCAUGUGAGUGUUAUCAGCAGUGGCGAUGAGCAGUGCUGUGUUGUGCAGAAAGAUAUUCAAGUAGCGGUGGAUUUCCACCAUCGACCCGAUUCGGAAGUGGAACCCGCUUGCCGCGUCGGUAGUGUUCUCAUACCGGAAGCAAACAACAACGAUGUAAAGUGCAAGUCGCAGAAUGAUCAGCAGCAGCAGCUAAGUGAGCCGGGAAGUGAAUCGGAUGUGGAUUCGGUUCGGACAGUGACUCCCGGUUUGGGGACGAGAGACGUAAUCGAACCGGGUGGCUCAACGGCUGGAAUCGUUAAAGCACCCGGAGUGCAAAUCCGUCGAAAGCAGUAUUUGUACGAGCCGGCGUAUUUGACUGGCUCGGAAUACAGUGACACUGAUUUCACGGAUACGGCCAGUAGCGUGGGAGAACUAGACGAUGCGGUGGAGUACGCCAGCGUGGAACUACGAGAGAAAAAUCUUCAUGAAGAUGAACAGCAGCAAAUCGUUAACAAGUACAACUCGCUCCCGAUCCAGCAGCAGAAAGCUACACAGAAUCUGCCACAAUCCCGGCCGGCCUCCAGUCUGAGCCAUGUAAAUAAUAAUAUUAACAAUAAUACCACCAACACUACACCAGCAAGCAAUGGCAUCCAUCAUUACCAUAAUUACUCGAUGCACCAGCAGCUCUAUCAGCGCGGGGGUAGCGGUGGUGGAAAUGCUAGCAGCAACUACGGACCAGCAGGAUCGAACGAUUCAACCCUCAGGUUAAGUUACGUGACCGAGCGGAUACUGGCAUCGAUUCUGCCCGCUAGGAGGGCACGUAACGGAACAACCACCACCGGUAGUCCGGGAUUCGUGGACGAACAUGAACGGGAGUUAAUCGAAAUGCUGGAACAGAAGCACGAAAAGAACUACCGGAUAUUCGACCUGGAGUCGUGCAUCGCCAGCAUCAGCCUAGAGAAGCUUUGCGAGCUGUGCAAACACAUCGAUGCGUGGCUCGGCAGUGGAAAGGAGAAGAUCGUAGUGCUACAGGACAGAGAAGACAAACAGCGCCUGGGUGCCGCCAUAGCUGCCUAUUUGGAGUAUCAGAAAAUUUGCGGCUCAAACUUCCCGCAAUCCAACCGUAACAAGGCACUUCAAUCGCCCGGUCCGGAUCUGGCGGCUGGAAGGCGAACGCCUACCUGGCUAGAUCUGGACAUUUACUCCACCCAAAAAUUUUUGGAAUCAAUCACCGGUCCACUCCGGGUCCCGUCGCACCGGCGCUAUAUCAAGUACUUUUCCGGGCUACUUUCCGGGACGAUUAAGAUGAACUCAUCGUCUCUGUUCCUGCGAGCCAUUAUCGUCGAAUCACCACCCUGCCUGCACUACCGGGCCGUCACGGUGAACAGCGAGUGGCGUAGUUUUAUCAAAAUCUACGAAGGCAUCCGGUGUCUGUUCACGUCGGACAUCUACGUGAUACCGAUCACCACCCGGCAGUUUAUCUACGAGAUCAAGCAUCCGUUACGGUUGCGCGGUGACGUCCUAAUCCGCUGCUACCAGAUCAUACCAAAUAACAACAAACUGCACGACGAGAAGGAACUGAUCUCGGCCGUGCAGUUUCACACCUGUGCCAUAACCCAGAGGGAAGUACAAUUUGCCAAGGCCGAACUGGAUCUGGCGUGUGAUGAUGAUCGAUUUCCAGCCGAUCACAAGGUUACAUUGUGCUUCAAUACGACACCAAAUGAAAGGAGCACGAUCGUGGUCUUCCAGAAUCCGCUCGUUCGGAUAGAGCCGAUCAUCGACGGUGGCGACCACCUGGAGACGAUCAAUGAGGACGAGUCGAGUCACACGCAGGGUCCGCUGGAUGGUUCUCUGUACGCGACGAUCCUCAAGAGUCCCAAAUCGCCGACUGCCGCCAGCGGCGGACAUAGUGGAAUUCCGCAAACACUGAUCUCACCGCCGGCCGAGUUCAGCAAUAACACGAAAACGAUCCUUAACGGUGCGAGCGGUAGUGCACGGGUAAAUGGGCAACCACCGUCAGUGACACCUCCGCCGCGGAACGUAAACUACAUUUACGACAGUGCCAAACGCUACCAGAACGUUUCCGACGUGGCAAACGGUGCCGCCGGUCGGGUCAGCUACGGUUACCAGGGAAAAACGAUUAGUGAGAGUGCAAGUGGCAAUAGUAGUGUUAAUCCUAAUGAUAGUAACGGUAACUACCGUGAUGUGAUAGAGAAUGGUGGAAGUGCGUACGAUCAGAAUCAGAAUCUGGUGAGUCCGCGACAGAGCCAACAGCAACAGCAGCAGCAACAACAACAACAACAACAAACGCAGAUCCGGAGCCAAGCCGACGGACGCGAAUCAGUCAGGAGUCCGUUGACGCUGUCUAUGGACUCGGGGAUCUCCAGCAGUGGACCCGUAAAUCGUCGCCUACAGGGCUCUAGUGUAUCGCCAUCCAGUUUCCCCAGUCAAGCUAGUCCGCAAGAUGAUCGUCACCGAGAGCUGGAUGAUCUGCUGUCCGAUAUGCUGAUGACGGUCCAAGGCAUUCCGGACGUCGGCCGAAAAGCAGCAUCAGCAGACCACCAGCACCAUCAUCAUCAUCAUCUUCAUCACCAACGCGUCAGUGCCGCCCACCACCAACAGCAACAGCAGCAGCAGCAGCAGCAGCAACAUCAGAAUCUGAGCGAUCAUUUUGUAAACACAAACAGCGACACGAUCAAGCGUUCGCAUUCGGCCCAGCUGCCGGCACUCAGAGAGGAAGGUGCCGGUUCGGUCGAAACAUCGGCGGCAAACAAAGAGCGCGAGUUACUGAUGUACGAAACGAGCAGUACGACAACCACGCUGACGCCGCCACCAAGCGAAAGCGGCCGCGACACUCCGCUGUUGAGUAGCGCCUACUCAACCAUCCGCGAUAAGAGAGACCUCAGCGAGUCCCACUGUCUCACGCCGACCGAGCGGGAGCUCAUCAUGAACCUGCAACAGCACCACCAUCAGUCUUUCGGAUAUCCCCGUCAGGCGCGGUCUACUACCGGAGCUUCGGAACGGUUCACUUCGGACGACGACGACGAUUAUCGACACCAGCAGCAAAUUCCGUAUCACGCCCGGGAGGACUCACGACCCUUCACCUACGGAAGCAUACCGCUCACGGGUACGCCCCAAAAUCCGCCAGCUUCCACCAUGCUGAAGAUGCAAUCGGGCCUUUCGAGUCCGUCGAUGGUGCGCAAAGCGCUCGGGGCGCCAACCACCGGUCGCAAAUCGGCGGGAGGCGGUGGCUCUGGCUCCGUUCUCGGCGGCGGUCGAAAUUCGGAAUUCGAAGAAAUGCUUCGCGAACGACGUGACAAAGUGCUCAGUGAAAAGUAUACGAUCGGUGACCAGCAGCAAACGGUAGGCGGAAUCGGUCGGGGCACCGGUUUCGAUACGGUCGACAACGGCCGAUGGGCCAACAGUUAUCAGCACACGGUCAGAACGACCGGGGCGGACCACCAGAACGGCUACCACCAUCCGCACGAGACACUGAAACGAUCCAACACCAUGGACGGUAGCUUCGGGCGACAAUUCUCCAACGACGGAAUCUCCGGCCAGACUUGGCUUCAGCUUCAGCAGCAAAAACUACGUGCCAGAAAGGAGCAGCAGAAACGUGAACAUUCAAAUAGCUUUAGUUAUAGUUAUGGCAGUCCUGCAUUCCCCACCGCCGCCGAUACGCUGUACAACAGCCAAACCACACACCGACGCAGCCAGACGCUGUCGCCGGUGCGCAACGAACGCAGCUAUCACACGUUGACCACGACACGGACGCACUCCAGCGAGCGGCCCUUCGUUGCCGUCAAGCGGGCCCACGAAAACGCCAAAAUGCAAUCAAUCGGUUCUGCACCGUUGUCCGUUUUGAAUGCCUCCCCGCACGGUCAUGUUGCACAAAUUCAGCACCAACAACAGCAGCAACAACAACAACAACAUCAACAGUUUACGGCUCCAUCCCCUUCACCCUCCUUGGAUCACCAUCAACAGCAACAGUACACUGUUAAUAGUAGUAAUAGUGUCACUAGUAGUAACAGCCUCAUCACCAAUGGUCAACAACAGCAGCAGCAGAAUGGCAGCAGCCCGGCCAGCCAGCACCAGGUCCAGAACGGGCUGCUCUCGUUGGCCGACCACGAACACUCGACACCGAAGCACGGACAAGUGAGAUUGGCCAGAGAAGAAUCAUUCUCCUCCUAUCGCUCGGAAACAGAGCCAGACCAUUCACCGAUCGGUGGAUCACCACGACCGGAGACACCCGCUUUCCCAGUCACUCCACGCACACCGUAUGGCCUCAACAAUGGCACCUCUAGUCCAGCACUUCCGCCCAAGAGUCCGACAUCACAACGCAAGGACCUCUUCUCCGGCAACCAGCGCUCGCAGGAGCUGAUCAACCAGAAUGAAACGGUUUCAUGCUACACAUCACGUCGCAACUCGAUCACAUCGAACGCCAACAGCGAACCACAGGAGGUCGCCCCGCAGUUCGUCAAGUUUGCUCGCGAUUCAUCCAAGUACUGGUACAAGCCGGCCAUCAGCCGGGAGGAAGCGAUCGCGAUGCUACGGAAUGCGCCACCCGGUACGUUCGUGGUGCGCGAUUCGACUACCUUCGCCAACGCGUACGGUCUAGUGGUAAAGGUGGCUCAUCCACCACCAGGUGUACAGCCGAAGGGACCAAACAGCGACGAACUGGUGCGGCACUUCCUGGUGGAACCAACAAUCCGCGGAGUCCGUCUGAAGGGUUGCUCCAACGAACCGGUCUUUACUUCACUAUCGGCACUGGUCUAUCAACACUCGAUCACGCCUCUUGCGCUUCCCUGCCGUUUGAUCAUACCGGACACGGACCUCCAGCAGACGGAAUUCCAAUCACCAGCCCAACAGCAACUUCUAACGCAAGGUGCCGCCUGUAAUGUUCUGUAUCUGUUCACCUGUGACACAGAGUCACUGACAGGACCCCAAGCCAUCAGGAAAGCGGUUGGAUUACUACUGUCGCUACGGCCACUGCCGAAACCCACACAAGUGCACUUCAAAGUUUCGAUCCAAGGAAUCACUCUGACGGACAACACCCGGCAGCUAUUUUUCAGACGGCACUACCCAUCCAAUAACGUCUCGUUCUGUGGUUUGGAUCCGGACGAACAUCGAUGGAGCAUUCCAUCAACGACGGGAGACAUCCCAUCAUCUAAACGCAUCUUUGCCUUCGUUGCAAAGCGGUCGCCAACGUCGGCCGACAAUCAGUGCCAUGUGUUCUGUGACCUGGAGGCAGCUCAGCCAGCCACGGCCAUCGUUUCGUUCGCCAACAAGGUUGUUCUCGGCGGAACCAAUCAACACCAGCAGCAGCAGCAGCAACAACAACAACAACACCAGCAGGUGGCCGCAACGCGAGCAAUUUAAUUUCAGAUCUAAUUCUAGCGUAACACACCGAAGCACACGCCAGUGCAUGUGCGAAUGGCAGCUGAAUCGAGUCAUUUUUUUAUUUUGUUGCUAAUAUAUUAAACAAAACGCAGCAUGUCCUGUAGAAUCCGGAUAAACCGGAUUAAAAAAAAACGAAAAAACAACAUUUGGUACUACUUACAAUUAAAGUAAAUUAAACAUAAACAAAGCUUAAUAGCUGCAUGAAAAUACAUACACACACAGAAGGGGGAAAAGCAACCUAUAGAGAUUGAACACCACGUGUAGCCUUUAGAUUAGUCAUGUUGAACUUUUUUUAUGUUUUAAAUCGGAAACAAACCAACGCACGCAAAACUUCACUUAUUAAUUCGAGAGCAACUGUGUAUUAAUAUUUUAUUUUAAAGAGCUUACAAUCUACCAUAUUGUGUACCGUUAACGUCAGUGUAAUUAUUUAGCAAUCGCAAGGGAAUAUUAUUUAACAUAUGCAGAAGUAAUAUUUAUAUUUAAAAAAAACGAAUAAAUUAGCGCAGCUAAUCUAGAUCCGAUCUGUAAAAGAAAAUCCAUCAUAAUAUACUACUCAUUACGAUAAACUGUACUGAAAAGCACUCACUAACUUUCUCACUAGCUGUAGAUAGUUACUUCUCCCCGCUAACUUCCCUUCCGUUCUAUUUCCGACUUCUUUGUUUUCCAACGAACGACGGCACGCGCAUCUAUCUACCAGCAGUCGGCCUAUAUGUGUUCUAACUUCUAACAAGCAAUUCACUUUCUUCUUUUUUGAGCAACAGCAAAUGAAACGUCACCUUUUCGGUUCAACACUUUCCACCAACUUCCGGUUGAUUUAAUUUGAGCAGCUUCUCACGGAAGUAACCUCCGUUGAAAUUCUGCUCGAAUUAAAUUGCCUCCAAUUGCACCACACAAAAACACCCGCACCCGCAAGUCUUCCCUGGCUUUUUUCUGUGUAUGAAAAUCGCCUUUGGUGAAGCUGUCAAUGUUUCGCAGAGUUUCCGUAUUAAAAAAUCUGCAAAAAAAGCUAGAAACCGCAGGCACUAUACGACGGCUUAGCUCUAGACGUCGCAGAACAACGGAGCUCUCCUGAUUUUUUCGCUUUGCAGACUGUUGUCAAAGAAGAAACAAGUGUAACGAAACCUAUAAUCAAUGAACUACACUACGACUACCACGAACGAAUAAAUGAUCCGCGGAUUUCCCGGGCAUUUAUAAAGCAACACCGCACAGUUCUAUAAAAGUAUUACAGAUAGUGUUUAGGAGAGACAAACCACACCACACACAAACAUUGUACUAACUUUCAACAGGUUGAGUGAAAACAAAGUCAAUAAUGUGCCUAUUUAAAGUAUAUAAAGUAAAGUAACAAAUCAAGAGUUCAACCAAUCGUUUUUGAAGGUUUCGAAUUCGUACGACGUUUGUGAGUUCAGCAAGUUUUUUCUUCCUUGAAGUUUACCGUUGAAAGCAUUCAGAAGCAAAUGUAACAGAAAAUUCGUAGCAAACAGAAAGCAAACAAACCAAUCUCAGAAAUUAUAUAAUCAACUCAUGGUUAACCGUUCACAGCCGUAGACUUUUCCUAUCAAAACUAUUCAAACCAAAUUACAUCCGAAAACACAAUGCAACGGAUUCGCUACCGUCACGUUUAAGUCCCGAUUGAAAUGCAUCUCCAGCGAAAAUCAAUCAAUGUUUGUAGUUGUUAUGUACAUAACGCUGAGAGGAAGAAAGUAAACAAAACAAAACAACAACAACAAACUGUUCAAACAACAAGUAAUAAAGGUAAUUUAUUAAACU